AUGGCUAACUGUGUAUCAUUGUUCCUUGCAGCAUUUCUAUCAGCCUCCGCUGUCAUUUUAGCGUGUGUAGCCUGUGCUGGCUCAACCAAAAACUAUGAUCCCAUCAACAAGAUAUUCGAAGCUCAACUAGAUCUUUCCAAUUUAAGUGUCCCAGAAGUGUUGUCAAGCGUGAGUUCUUCGGUAACAUCAUUAGAUGACCUGGGGUUGCCGUCAUAUAUCAACAUGGGUCUGUGGUCCUACUGUCUCGCGGAUUCUUCGGGCGAAAUUUCAAACUGCACAUCCCCUUCAGGGAUUCAACAAUUCAAUCUUCAAGACUUGAUCUACGACAACAUCCAAAACAACCAAGUUGCUCAACUUCUGGACAGUGUCGCGCAAGUUGCGCUCCCUGACAAGCUACAGGACAAUAUCAAGUACUACAACAACUUGGUUAAAUGCACCUUCAUCACACUUCUUAUUGGUAUCGUGGUUAGCGGACUUAACUUUGGUACCAAUAUUCUCCGCUGGAUCCUGCAUUUCACGUUCGUCACCUGGGUAUGCCGCUUUCUGUCACUGGUAGGCUUUCUCAGCCUCACUGUUGCUGCAGGUACGAGUACCGGAACCUACGUCUACAUCAAAAAAGCGUUGGAUGAUAAUUACGAUUCGUACGGUAUUCGCAUGAACCUGGGCCGGAAUUUUUAUGCUCUGUUAUGGGCGAGUGUUGCCGCCGCAUUGCUGAAUUUGCUAUGCCUCUCGUUUGUGAGAAGAAGGCGCAAUGUCUACGUCACACCUGUCGAAGAGAAACCACUUAUAUAG